CACCCAACCCUCCUUUGACACUCCCACCGUAGUAUCACAUACCGCCUCCGUGCUACAAUCCUGACGUCGUCUUACUUUUAGCCUGUCGAUUCCCCAACAUCAAAGGAACUUCCAUACCUGACGGCUCAACACCUCUCGACCUGUUCAGUCACACCCAAUAUCAUCCAUACGUGUUACCGGUAUUCCAUCCGGACUAUUAUCCCUUGUCUGGUGCCUGACUGUCGCCUUUGUUUCCAACUCUUUGUUGACGCAUCACCGGGGACACCAAAGAGACGGCACGACCUCGAUUCUGGAAGGCCAUCUAUAACCCUCAGUCACCGAGUCGAACAACUGGGAAUUGGUACCAUUACACAUCCCGACAUACUCUUCCAGUAGAAACUCGAUCCACUUCGACAAAAUGAUGGUUCCAUCGUUAAAGGCCCUCUUGAUGGCCUUGUCCACCCCCUUGGCCAACCAGGGCAUUCCGACCGACACCUUCGGCAAUGGUGGCAAGGCCGUUGCUGCCCUCAGUAACGGCGUUAGCCUACGCAUCAUGCCACUUGGCGCAUCAAUAACGUAUGGGCAGGCAUCGACCGACGGCAACGGUUACCGUAAUUCACUGCGCAAUGCCAUUGUCAAGCUCGGCAACCCAGUCAACAUGGUUGGUUCGCGUCAUCACGGCACCAUGCAGGACAACGAUGUCGAGGGCUGGCCAGGCUACAGAAUCCACGAGGUCCACGCGAAGGCCCACACCGCCGUGCCCGCGUACAAGCCCAACGUGGUCCUCAUCAAUGCCGGCACCAAUGACGCAGCAGGGAAUCUCAACAUUUCGACAGCGAGCGACAGGAUGGGAGCCAUGAUCGACGAAGUCUUUGCCGCCAGCCCGCGCGCUGUGGUUAUCCUUAGCACGCUCAUCAUCAACACCUUACCGGCCACUGAGAAGCGCGUGUUGGUCAUCAACGACCAGUACAAGGCGUUAGCGCAGCGGAUGAGGGAUGCGGGUAAGCGAGUGAUCCUGGUGGAUAUGCACGACGCGACCAAGGGCCCAAUCCCCGAAGACAUGUUCGAUUCCACCCAUCCUACUGAUGUCGGGUACCGCAAGAUGGCCAACAUAUGGUUCCAGGGCCUCGUGGAGGCCAGCAACCUCAAGUGGCUCCAGGCGCCCGAGCCUCUCAGCGGCGUGCCGGAUAGCGGGGUGGUCACGGCGAGGAUGGUGAAAGAGAAAGCUGGGAAGCGGGCGGAGGUUUUCAAGUCAUAAUACCACCGCACCGUGGCGACUGGCUGAAGAAACUCGGAGAAAUAAAGAAGAUAAAACCGAUGUUCGAAGGGAUGGGUUUGCAUGGCUGGCGGAGCCUGGAGUUACGGAGCGUUUUUUUUUUCCCGCAACAUUUUUUU